CGCGGUCACGUGUCUCGUGGUGGGCGGCGGCCUGUGAGGCGCAUGUGCAGCCGUCCGCGCCGAGGGGGCCGCUGAGCUGCAGCUGCGGCGCGGGGCGGCCGCUCCCUGGCAGUGUUUGCUAAGAUGGCGGACUUCCUGCCGUCGCGCUCCGCGCUGUCGGGCUGCUUCCCCGGCUGCCUGCUGACCAGCACCGAGGCCGAGCAGCAGCGCAAGUCCAAGGAGAUCGAUAAGUGCCUGAACCGCGAGAAGACCUACGUGAAGCGCCUCGUCAAGAUCCUGCUGCUGGGCGCGGGCGAGAGCGGCAAGUCCACCUUCCUGAAGCAGAUGCGGAUCAUCCACGGGCAGGACUGGGACCGGGCGGCCCGCGAGGAGUUCCGCGCCACCAUCUACAGCAACGUGAUCAAAGGUGUGAGAGUCCUCGUAGAUGCUAGAGAGAAACUUCAUAUUCCCUGGGGAGAUCCUGCCAACCAGAAUAAUGGGGAUAAGAUGAUGGCUUUUGAUACUCGGUCAACAAUGGUGGCACAAGGGAUGGUGGAGACUCAGGUUUUUUUACAGUAUCUUCCAGCAAUAAAAUCACUGUGGGCAGAUAAUGGAAUCCAGCAUGCCUAUGACAGACGCAGAGAAUUCCAACUGGGGGAAUCUGUAAAAUAUUUCCUGGACAACUUGGAUAAACUUGGAGAAUCGGAUUAUCUUCCAUCGCAGCAAGAUAUUCUGCUGGCACGAAGACCCACAAAAGGGAUUCACGAGUACGACUUCGAAAUUAAAAAUGUUCCCUUCAAGAUGGUUGAUGUAGGUGGCCAAAGAUCAGAAAGGAAACGUUGGUUCGAGUGCUUCGACAGUGUCACAUCGAUACUUUUCCUGGUCUCCUCAAGUGAAUUUGACCAGGUACUCAUGGAGGAUCGGCUUACAAAUCGCCUUACAGAAUCACUGAACAUUUUUGAAACAAUAGUCAACAACCGGGUUUUCAGCAAUGUCUCCAUCAUUCUAUUUCUAAAUAAGACAGACUUGCUUGAUGAAAAAAUACAAAAAGUGAGCAUCAAAAACUAUUUCCCAGAGUUCGAAGGGGAUCCCCACUGCUUAAAAGACAUCCAAAAAUUCCUGGUGGAUUGUUUUCGUACCAAACGCCGGGACCAACAGCAGAAGCCUCUAUACCACCACUUCACCACUGCUAUUAACACAGAAAACAUCCGUCUGGUUUUCCGUGACGUCAAGGAUACCAUUCUUCACGACAACCUCAAGCAGCUUAUGCUACAGUGAUGUGUAAAAAGACAUUUUUUAUUUGAAUACCUUUUGUGUUUUUAAAAUUGUGGUUUACAACAGGAGUAGAAAAAUCCAGGUCCUGUCAGACUUCUUGAUGUGUGGCUGAAAGCUGCUGCUGAACACAUUAUUGCCAAUUUCUGCUGAAAUUGAGGCUUUAAUCUCUUCCACUGUAGCUUUGAGUUGUCUCAGUUAUAAUUUUAUAGCAAACCUAAGUCCAGAUAACCUUAUGGUGACUAGACUUGACCUCCAGUGCUCGUAUGUUGCAAAAAGUAUAUCUAGAAAACACACUCCACCAUCAAAAUUCCAAGUCCAGACUUGUGUACAUUCAUCAGAAUUACAUUAGACUUGUGAAAAGGAACAGUUUUCAAAAAUCACUAGUACCUAUUCCUUAAAACUAUAAUGAAGACUGUGAUAAUAUAGCUGACUUUGAUUUCUCAGGUCCUUCAUUGGUUAGAUAUUCCAUAAAUUUCUUGUUGGAGUUAUUUAGAAGCUAGAAUACUUGACAAUAAUGCCUUUCCUACCUUAAAUAUAAAGUUUUGCAUGGGUUUUUGAGUAGGAUAUGCUUUAGGUCAGGAAAUACAAAAAAGUUGGGAACUGUCAGCAUUAAUACCUUCUGCCAGAAAUGUCUAAAGACUAAUAUGAUCAAGAACUAGUAAAUGGCACAGUUCACUCUAAACUUCAUUUUCUAUUGCAUAUUUUAAGUACUCUGCUUCUUAGAGCUAUAACAAAGCACAGAGCACUAUGAUCUGAAAUUUUGAUAUGUGGGAAGGAGAAGCAAACUGAGCUUUAGAAUUUGUCACUAUGCUGAAUAGCUUACAUCCAGGUACCUUGCCCCAGAGUUUAGGCCAAUUUUGAAGUGCUUUUGUCUUUUCACCAUAACUUUUACAGUGUGCCUAGUCCUACAUCAACAAGCAUUCACUAAUGCACAGAAGUAUUCGCAAACAUAAGUGCCUCCUGUCUUCUUUCCUUCUGCAGUGUUUUCAGUGGCCUUACAUGAAGACAAAUUCCCCAGAGUGGCCUUAUGCAGAUAUGGGUAAAUAGGCCAAACACCACUAGGCCAAAAGUCUAUACAGAAAGAUGAGCAUAACAUGUCACAAUAGUAAAUGCUAAAGUCUGAAAACUUCAGAGAAUCUGUCAGAAUCAGGUCUGGAAAUCCCAGAACUCUAAGAAUGGCCAUACUGGGUCAGACCAAUUGUCCAUCUAGCCCAGUAUCCAGUCUUUUGACAGUGGCCAGUACCAGAUGCUUCAUAGGGAAUGAACAGAGAAGAGCAAUCUAUUGAGCGAUUUAUCCGCUGUUGUCUAGUCCCAGCUUCUGGCAGUGAGAGGUUUAGAAACAUCCCUGACCAUCUUGGCUAAUAGCCGUUGCUGGACCUAUACUCCAGAAACGUAUCCAAUUCUUUUUUUAAUGCCUGGUUCUUGUGUUUAUGUAAAUAACACUUCCCUGUUCACUUUCUCCACCUCAUUCAUGAUUUUACAGAGCUCUCUCAUUUCGCCUCUCCCUUCGCGCCCCCCCCCUCCGUUAGUUGUCUCUUUUUGAAGCUGAGCAGUCUCUUUUUAAUCUCUUCUCAUAUGGAAGCUGUUCCAUACCCCAGUCAUUUUUGUUGCCCUUCUCUGUACUUUUUCCAAUUCUAAUUUUUUUUGGAGAUGAGACUACCAGAAUGAACAUCCUAUUCAAGAUGUGGUCAUACCAUGGAUUUAUGUAGUGGGCAUUAUUAUAUUUUCUAUCUUAUCUGUCCCUUUCCUAUUGAUUCAACUACCACUGCACAUUGAGCUGAUGUUUUCAGAGAACUAUCCACAGUGAUUCCAAGAUCUUUCAUUAGUGGUAACAGUUAAUGUAGCCCCUCUCAUUUUAUGUGUAUAUUUGUCAUUGUUUUCCAGUGUCAAUUACUUUGCGCCUGCCAUUUUGUUGCACAGUCACCCAGUUUUGUGAGAUCCCUUUAUAACUCUUAGUUAAAUCAAAGCUGAUUGCUGUCUUGAGUAAUUUUGUAUCAUCUGCAGAUUGUCCCCUGUUUACCCCUUUUUUUCAGAUUACUUGUGAAUAUAUUGAACAGCAUAGUACAGAUCCUUGAGGUACCCUGCUAUUUACCUCUCUCCACUCUGAGAACUGACUAUUUAUUCCUACCCUUUGUUUCCUGAUCCACGAAAGGAACUUCCAUCUUAGCCCAAAGUAAGACUGCUUACUUUGCUUAAGAGCCUUUGGUGUGGGACCUUGUCAGACUCCGAAAGUCCAAGUAUAUUGUAUCUACUUAAUCAGCCAUGUCCAUAUGUUUGACCUCCUCAAAGAAUUCUAUUAGAUUGGUGAAGCAUGAUUUCCCUUUACUAAAACAGUGACUCUUCCCCAACAUAUGUUGAUCCAUACGUUUGAUAAUUCUGUUCUUUACUGUAGUUUCAAUCAGUUUGCCUGGUACUGAAGUUAGGCUGGCAGGCCUGUAAUUGCCAGGAGCGCUUAUGGAGCCUUUUUUUAAAAAAAAAAAAAAAAAAAAAAAAUUGGCAUUACAUUAACUAUCUGCCAGUCAUAUGAUACAAAGGCUGAUUUAAGCAGUUGGUUAUGUACCAUAGUUAGUGGUUCUGAUAUUUCAUAUUUGAGUUCAUUCGGAACUCGGGGAAAUACCAUCUGGUCUUGGUGACUUAUUAUUGUUUAGCUUAUCAGUUUGUUCUAAAGCGUCCUCUAAUGACCCCUCAAUCUCUGACACUUGCUCAGAUUUGUCACCUGAAAAGAAUGGCUCAGGUGUGGAAAUCUCUCCUGUCUUCUGCAGUGAAGAUCAAUGCAAAGAAUUCAUUUAGUUUCUCUGCAUCAGCUUUGUCUUCCUUGAACGUACCCGUAGCAUCUUAAUUGUCCAAUGGCCUCCUGAUUGUUUGGCAGGCUUCCUGCUUCUGAUGUACUGAAAAAAAUUUUGCUGUUAGUUUGUGUCUUUUGCUAGGUGCUCUUCAAAUUCUUUUUUGGCCUGCCUAGUUAUACUUCUACACUAGUCUUGCCAAAGUUUGGGUUCCUUUCUAUUGUCCUCAGUAGGAUUUGACUUCCAAUUUUUAAAGGGUGCCUUUUUGUCUAACUGCCUUUUAUUCUGCUUCGCCAUGGUGGCAUUUUUUAGUCCUCAAACUAUUUUCCUUAUAGUCAGAAUACUUGAGCCAAACAUGCUACAUAGGGUUUUCUACGGGUGCCAUUUGUCACCAGUUGUAUUCUGCCCAAAGUGCCAUUACAACUAACUCUUGUGGGGUUUCACUUUGGUUGUGGGGCAAAAUAUACUUUUGGCUGAAACUUUGUAUGCCGAAGAGCACGUUACUAAAUAAAAUUAAGCUUGGCCAAGGGUGUGUUAAAGAAAUAAGUCCAGGUCACUACUGCACAAAUCAAAUAGUUCUGUUUGCCCCUGCCAGUGUUCUGUUUUGCUACUUGCCCCAUAAAACAAGCUAAUUCUUGUGGUGAGAGAGCGAUUUCUUAAGGUGGGUUUUAUCAUAGAUGCACUGCAUGUGUGGCAAGUGGUUUGACAUAAGGUUCUAAUGGCUUAAAACAGUCUGCAUUGAAGAUGGGAUCAUUUUGGUAGGAGUCAGGGAAGCCUGGGUUCUAUUCCCAACUCUGCCUCUGACUUUCUGUGACUAAGUCAUUUAAGCUUCUCUGUACCUCAUUUAUCAGUAAAAUGGGAAUAGUGCUUACCCACCACUGCAAAGUGCUUGGAGAUCUGUAGAUGCAGUGCUAUAGAAAUGCAAAAUACUCUUAUUAUGUCAAUGAUUUCUAUCAGUCUAAAUCAAAAUUCACUUAUAAAAAAAAUUGAAACACUGAAAUUUCACAUCACAGGAAAUGUUCUUUAAAAUUGAUACCCAUUCAGGAAUAGCACCUGUGUCUCGGUGUUAGGCACCCACAAGUCCAGCUGAAGUCAGUGGGAGGUGAACGUCAAGAAUCAAGCCCUUGGACUUCACUUUAUUAAGUAAAUGUUUUCUGAAGGGUCCCUAACAAUGAGUAAAUCUGCUUUUCAGAAUGCUUCCAUACACCUUAACUAAUCCAAAAUACAGCUACUUUGUUUUGGUUGGGUGUCAUGUAUGUUCUUCCCAGAAAGGUCUUGUUUUCUUAACUGGAGUUCUAGCCACCCCUCUCCUUCAAUCACUCAGCCUUAAACUUUGACAUCAAGACAGGUUAGGAAAUUCAGUGUGUGAAACUUCUCUCCAUCUGAAACUUACACUGGCUAAUUCCAUCUAAGACAACUAUAUUGAAGUAAAUCAUUUGCUGGUAUUCUCUCCUCCCCCAUAUUCUCUCACACGUUUUUUUCCCCGAAGACUAACCUUGAAACAUUGUAUAUUUGUUCCUAUGUGACAGACUGGCUCAAAACUACACUGUGGGCAUUUCCAUCACACUGAAAGAAAGCACCAUCUAGGCGGCUUUAUUUCUUUUGGGAUUUGUUACUGGAUGCAUUUUUUUGUGUGGAAAUGUAUAAUUUGGAUGCAAGGUGUAGUAAUGUAAUAUUGCUGAACAGAGACUGUGUCCAUAUACGUACUGAAGCAAAAGCAAAUGUGUGAUCAAAAUCUAAUAAAAGUGAAGACUGAGUGUAAACCAGUAAGUAUGAUACAAAGUCAGGACUUAAAUUUCCAGUGGAGGUGGAAUGCAGGAAAAAUCCAGAGGCUUUUUUUAAUUAAAAAAAAAAAAAAAAGCUACUUUUAACAGCACUAAUUUUCCAAGGAUCAUUGGCUACACACUGCUGCACUGAAUGAUCAGUAACUGCAUUGAGCUAUGAUUUCUGUAUACCACUAUCUUGUACGGUCUGUACUUGAAGGUGAAAAUGGCAUUUAGCAAACAUUCCUUGCUGCAUUGUUUAAAUUUGUUUGGUACCUGAAAACAAAUGGUGGCUGUUCACCAGGUCUUGAAAAAAAUCCACUUACCAAUGGAGUAGGUCCCCACAUUCCUGAGGUGGAAUAAGCCAUCAGUUCCUGCAGAAUGUAAUCUCUCAUUUAAAAAUUCUGUCCCCUAGAGAGGAGUCCCCCUUAUCUUUCCAGAGAGGCCUCUGGCUAAUAGGCUUAGUCCUUUGGCUAAUAAGUGUCUGGUAAAGGGUUUUUUUUAAUCCUGCCAUCCAGGAUUCUAGCAAACCUAAAAUGCUUUGAGCAUGUCUGUAGUAUUUCCUGACUCUUGGCUAAUACUGAGUCAGUAUUUUGAACUCCACAUAACUUCAGCAGAAACUUUGAAACUAAUGGUCUUUUAAUCUAUCCUGCUGUUAAUGUAUGUAAAACUAAAACAAGCAAAAAACACCUGAUAGUUCUGAACACAGCACUGUUUGGGAUAUGGCCCUGUGAGUUUAUAAGCAAGUUGCCACUUGAAGACUGCAAUAGUUGUGCACCCCUUUAACUUUCCUGCUGAUUGCCACGCUAGUCAAGAAUCUCUAGGCACUAUCUUUAAAGAUGGUUGCAGAAGUUGUUUUCCAACAGCAACAUUUCCUGUUUCAGAAUAAUCAGUGUUUCAUGCUAAAUUAGUCACAAGAUGACUUUUCAGGUCUUUCUGUAUUUGAUGGUACCACGAUGUAGAUGAAUCUAAGGGUUUUUUUUUAAAUUACACAGCAUUGCAAUACAGUGCCAUUUGCAAUUUCUUUGCCUUGAACUUGAAAACAAAUAAUUGAAUUGCAGAAUAUUUAAAACUGCUUUCCUGUGCUUUCAAUAGCAGUGAGAGUUUACCUUCCAUGAAGCCUUAUGAAAAAUAUUUUGUAACAACAUAAUAGAUUCUGUAUCUAACAAUCAAGAUUUGUAUUAGCUUUGUAUAAAUGUUUGUGGCUUACAGUUUUUAUAUGUGUAUCUUUUAUAACUUUCCUGGGGCUAACAGCCUUUUUAUAUUGUACAUUGCUCUCCUUGCUUUAGUUCAGAAUUGGCAAUAAAUUAUUUCUAAAGAAGGUCUUAAAGAGAAAAGCAUCACUUGCUUUUAUAAAAUGGUUAAAUUACUAAUAGAUUAAAGCCUCUUACAUUCAGCUGUACAUUGCUCUGUACAUACUCUGCAAGUGUUACCUUUCAGCUAUUAAUAUUUGCCUUGUGUUUAAAAAAAAUUACUGACGAUAAAUAAACAUAUACAGCCUCA